AACGUCAAAACUGUCACGGUCACCACAAUGCGACUUUCAUCGCUUUUCUACAGCUCGAGUGAAAAUGAAAGUAAUGAUAACAUUUCCUUGAUAAUGAUCACCUUGGCCAAAGCUUCGCCGAGCGUUUUAAGGUGAACAACACACAUGUCAUGUUAAUUAAAUCAAAAAAUCGUGUGAGAAAGCAACCGCCAACAUGAGUAGCUAUUUUUUACGACUCCUCGACGAGAUUUGCAAGUUAUUAGAGACGUACAAAGGCAGAGAUAAGGUUUUACGCACCUUAUGUUACACAACGAAAUUAAUUGGGGGCCUUCAUGGCAACAAAGCGCUUGCCGACAAGUUCCUGCUGUUCAGCAAACACAUGUCGGGCACGAGAGCCACUCUGAGGCUUUUGGACGACUUGCCAAUGUUGAAGUACAAUCUAGAAUACGGAUUUGGCAAAGAGGAGCCCGAUAAACUAAUGGCAGCAUUAGGAGUUACUACGAAUGUGAUCGAUCAAGUUUAUUAUCCUGUUGAGAAAAUUGCAUGGUUAGCUGAGCAUAAAUUAAUCACAGGAGUGGAUAAUAAUAAGUGGGACACCAUCAGUUCGAUUUUUUGGGUGUCUUCCAUUUAUUUAACUUUAAUGAGGAGUUUACGCUUUGUCAGUAUUUUACAAAAGCACAGAUACUGUGGGGCUGUUAAAAAUGACGAAAGUGUUUCGUUGGAAAAAUUGCUACUUCGGAGAAACUACGAAGUGGUGACAUGUGUUCGUCUGUGUUUGGACUUCGUCCACGCUGUUAACACCUUACCUAAGGGAUUUUUAUGGUCGUCUAAGUUGAACACUUGGCAGGUUGGUCUAAUCGCUACAACAUCUUCAGUACUCGGAAUAUAUCAAAUAUACGCUAAAAGAGAUUUGUAACACAACAAUAAAACAAUACUUGAAACAAA